UUUUAAUACUACGUUCUCCAAAAGAAACCAAACAAAAAAACACCAUAUUGAUGAUCAUCAUCACCUCAAUGAUCUCAACGAUCUCUCCCGUGGACAAUAUUGAUUAAUCGGUUCUGAUUUGGAUUCCUAAAGAAGAUUAGAAAAAAAAUGGAGGGACAGAUUAGACAACUAAAAGACAUUUUCGACCGGUUCGACAUGGAUUCAGACGGAAGCUUGACAAUAUUAGAACUCGCUGCGCUUCUCCGGUCACUCGGCCUCAAACCUUCAGGCGACCAAAUCCACGUUUUGUUAGCUAGCAUGGACUCAAACGGCAACGGUUUUGUCGAAUUUGAUGAGCUUGUUGGCACGAUUCUUCCUGAUCUGAACGAAGAGAUCUUAAUCAAUUCCGAGCAAUUACUCGACAUUUUCAAAUCGUUUGAUAGAGAUGGAAAUGGAUUCAUCAGCGCGGCCGAGCUUGCAGGAGCAAUGGCCAAGAUGGGCCAACCAUUGACGUAUAAAGAACUAACGGAAAUGAUCAAAGAAGCAGAUACAAAUGGAGAUGGUGUAAUUAGUUUUGGUGAAUUUGCUUCCAUUAUGGCCAAAUCUGCUGUUGAUUACUUUGGAUUAAAAAUUAAUUCGUGAUCGUCACAAAUCCAUGUUUAUUUUUCUCGAUUCAUAACAUCAUCAAGUCUUCAAGCUAGAUUGAUUGAAAAUUUGAUAUAUGAUUCAUAGAAAAUAGUGUCUUUUAAGAUCCAAGGACGACGAUUAAAGAGGGAAAAACUCAAAAAAAACAGAUGUUGUUGAAAUUUGAGGAACAA